AUGUCACAACCACCGCCCUCCUCCACUUCUGCUUCGUCAUCCUCGGCACCACCAAAGCCCACGGUCCUGCUGGUAGGCGACAUGCGCCAGGCCGGCGACCACUGGUCCUCGCUGGCCAGCAAGUACAACCUGCUGAGCUACCACACGCCCGGCGCCAACACGCGGGCCGAGUUCCUGCGGCGCCUGCGGGAGGACCCGUCCUGGCAGGCCAUCGUGGGCUGCUACCGGUCCAACCACAGCACGUCGGUCACGGGGCCCUUUGACGCCGAGCUGGUCGCCCUCCUGCCAAAGGGCUGGAGGUUCAUCGCCCACCUCGGCGCGGGUUAUGACAACAUUGACGUCCGGGCGUGCACGGCGCGGGGCAUCGCCGUGUCCAAUACCCCCGGCGCCGUGGACGAUGCGACUGCCGACGCGGGGAUUUUUCUCAUGCUCGGCGCCCUGCGGCGCGCGGGGCCCGCGAUCGCGGCGAUCAAGGCGGGCACGUGGCGCGGUGGCGGUGGUGCGGGCGGUGGUGCGGUAGCAGUCAAGGGUCACGGCCCGAAGGGGAAAGUCCUGGGGAUCCUGGGCAUGGGCGGGAUCGGGCGAGCCAUGGCAUGCCGGGCUGUCGGGUUCGGGAUGGACGUCGUGUAUCACAACCGCAACCGGGUCUCGGAUGGGCUCGAGUACCUGGGCGCCACGACGGACGGGCACAGUGGGCAGACCAAGGAGCACCGGGCGCGGUACGUGAGCUUUGACGAGCUGCUCGCGAGCGCGGACGUGCUGUCGCUCAACCUCGCGCUCAACGAGUCGACCAGGGGCAUCAUCUCGGCGGCCGAGCUGGCCAGGCUGAAGAAGGGAGCAGUGGUGGUCAACACGGCGCGCGGGGCGCUUAUCGACGAGUCGGCCCUCGUGGACGCGCUCGAGUCGGGCCGGGUCUCGGCCGUCGGGCUCGACGUGUUUGAGAAGGAGCCCGUCGUGCACCCGGGCCUUUUGGCCAGCGAUCGCGCGUUCCUGCUGCCCCACGUGGGGACCAUGACCUGGGAGACGGAGCUGGAGAUGGAGAUGCUGACCAUCAGGAACCUCGAGGCCGCCGUGGACACGGGCAAGUUGCUGACCCUCGUGGGCGAGCAGAAGGGGCUGGGCUGGGCAGAGGGGGAGGGGGAGGGGGAGGGCAAGGCGUGA